UAGGAAUUUGCUUUAGAACUGCAGUAAAUUUAUUUUUACUGCUUUAGUUUUUUAAUAAGACUUAGUCAAAUAGUUGUUAGCUAUCUUUUCUUAUUAUUUAGGAGUUAGUUCGUAAAGAUAAUGAUUCUAUGAAUCUGCUAGGAUCGUGUCUCUUUUUUUACUGCUUUUGUUUUUUCCAGGUUUUAUAUAUGGAACCUGCAGCGGUCAAUAAAAUUAAUGUUCUUCCACUGCUAUACUUUUCUGCUUUCUCAUACCCUUGUGUUCUAAAAAAUAACCAACAAUUGGUAUCUAGAGCCCUUUUUCUUGAGAGAUCUGUAAGUAUUCUGUGUGAGUGAGUGUUUCGAGUGAGUCGCGAACCACAACCAGAAACACCAAAACUUCAAACAUGGAAGAAAGCUCAAGUUUCUCAGCAAUGGCACCUCCAGUCUUCAAUGGUGAAAAUUUUCACACGUGGGCAGUGCGGAUGGAAGCCUAUCUAGAAGCGUUAGAUCUUUGGGAAGCAGUUGAGGAAGAUUAUGAAGUUCCUCCACUACCCGGCAACCCAACAAUGGCUCAAAUCAAGAAUCAUAAGGACAAAAAAACCAGAAAGUCUAAGGCAAAGGCGUGUCUCUUUUCGGCAGUCUCAUCAGCAAUUUUCACUCGUAUCAUGUCUCUAAAAUCAGCAAAAGCCAUAUGGGAUUAUCUCAAGGCAGAAUAUGAAGGAGAUGAUCGUAUCAAAGGCAUGCAGGUGUUGAAUCUCAUUAGAGACUUUGAGUUACAGAAGAUGAAAAAGUCGGAAACCAUCAAGGAGUACUCUGACAGGCUUAUGAACAUAGCAAACAGAGUAAGAUUACAUGUUCUGAGUUUAAAGACUCUCGUAUUGUUGAAAAAAUUCUGGUUGUUGUACCUGAAAGAUUUGAAGCCACCAUAA